AAACUAGUCUUAUUUGCUUAAGGCAAAAGAGAAUCAAAUUAAUUUGGUUUUCUUCAGUCAAAUCUGUCUCUUUUCCUUCUCUUUUCCAUCCCCUUAUAUCCACCCCUUCUUCCUCACACUUUCAUUAAGAAAUUCACACACAACAUUUCCCUUCUCUCCAUAAUAUCACAUCACAGCUCUCUCUCUUCCUCUCUCCCUCUCUCCCCCUCUCUCUCUCUCUAGCUACUUAAGCAAACUACCCAUCAUUCUCAUUUGGUAGCUUUGGUGUUUCUAGUGCUUCAAGCAUUAUUACUUUUGUUUUUUUGGGUUCACAUUUUUGCAAAUGGAGAAGAGAAAGAGCAUGGAGCGGGAGCAGGAGAGUCUAACCAGUGAGCUAACGCAAGGGAAGGAGCUGGCUGAGCAGCUCAUGAGCCACCUCCACCAUUCCUCCUCAGAAGAAACAAGAGAUUCUCUGAUUUCAAAGAUACUGUUUUCAUAUGAGAAGGCACUCUCACUGCUCACAGGUACUGGGGAUGGAUCUGUUGGAGAAUCCAAACACAUCACAGCUCGUGAAACUAUGUUGGAAUCACCAACUUCAUUUGGCAAUAGUAGCCCACUGAGUGAGAUCUCUGACCAGGAUUGCAAGCACAAAAAUGUCUUCAAGAAGACGAAAACAAUGCCCAGCUGGACUGAGGAAGUGAAGGUUUCCUCUGGAACAGGGUUAGAUGGGAGCCUUGAUGAUGGCUAUAGUUGGAGAAAAUAUGGCCAAAAGAAUAUCCUCGGAGCUAAUCAUCCAAGAGGCUACUACAGAUGCACACAUCGUGGAACACAGGGUUGCGUAGCUACCAAGCAAGUUCAGAAAUCAGAUGCAGAUCCAACAACCUUCGUGCUAACCUACAGGGGAGUCCAUACUUGUAACAAAGCCUCUCAGUUGGCUAGGGUUAAGCAAGGGUUAAAAGGCAACCAAAAUAAAACCCUAGAAGUAAAAAAAGCGAAACAAUUUUCACCAGAGAUGUCGUUCAGUUUUGGAAGAGCAGGGCUUAGAGUUAAAACUGAAAAUUUGGACGCUAGAGAGGAUGAUAUAUUUUCACCCUUCUCCUUCCCUUCCACUCCGAUUGAAUCCGAAAUGGUUGGGGACCAUAUUUUCUGCUCAACGAUGAUGGAGAACAAUUUGGUCGAUGGCUAUGCUCCAAUAUUUGGAUCUCCAGCAGCAACGUUUGAGUCGGACUACUUGGCGGUGUCACCGUGCCAUAUGAGCAGUUUCGGACUAGCGCAUGACGUGCAGACUUCAGAAUCUGGUCUCACUGAGAUAAUCUCAGCUCCAACUUCAGUUACCAAUUCACCAAUUGGGGAUUUUGAUUUCUCAAUUGAUGAUUUGGAAUUUCCCCCAGAAUAUUUGGCUUAAAAUGUUUACUUUUUCCCUUUCCACAUGAGAAGGAUAAAAACCCCAAAAAAAAAUUGCAGAGGAGAAGAUGAGGUUUGUUAAAAGAGCUUUCCUCUGCCUAGGUAGAAGUAACGCGUGAGGUAGCAUUUCUGUGUCGCUUUGUCUUUCUUUUUCUUCUUUCCACUUAUAGUCUCAUUGAUUUGUAAAUUCUUUGGUCCAAGAGGAAUAGUGCUGAUUUUAAAAAAUAAAAUUGCAUUCGAGAUAAA